AUGUCUAUCGAAAAUGCUACAGAAACUGGUAUAUGGGAUUUUCUAUUUACAGAGUUAGCUGAUAAACGGACAAAUGAUUGGUUUUUAAUAAAAUCGCCGUUACCCCUAUGCGCUAUAAUGCUGUGCUAUUUAUAUUUUGUUUUAUCAUGGGGUCCAAGAAUAAUGCGUGACCGUAAACCUUUUAGAUUGGAGAAAAUCUUAAUUGUCUAUAAUGCAUUACAGGUGGCUGUAAGUGUAUGGCUGGUCUAUGAGUAUUGUGCGAUAUGGCGGCAUUGCAAUUGGCGUUGUCAACCCGUUGAUUAUUCUACAAGUUAUAAAUUUUAUCGAGAAGCCCGUGUUGGUUAUGUUUAUUUUUUGGCAAAGAUAAGCGAACUACUGGAUACCGUUUUCUUUGUGUUGCGUAAGAAUGAACGACAAAUUACUUUCUUACACGUUUAUCAUCAUACCGUGAUGCCUGUAAUAUCUUAUGGAGCACUUAAAUAUUAUCCUGGCGGUCAUGGAAUGUUCAUUGGUUGGAUCAAUUCAUUCGUUCAUAUUGUUAUGUAUUGUUAUUAUUUACUUUCAUCGUUUGGACCUAAAAUGCAAAAAUAUUUAUGGUGGAAAAAAUAUAUAACAAAUCUACAAAUGAUACAAUUUGGUAUCGUUUUCUUACAUCAGACUCAAUUAUUGUAUAACGAUUGUGAUUUUCCGCGCUGGUCGGCCGCCUUCACUUUGCCCAAUGCUGUAUUCUUCUACUUUCUAUUCAAUAAUUUCUAUCAACAAUCGUACAGUAACAGAAAGAAUAAAAACGACAAAUUGAAGACAGAAGAGCAACAUUCAUCGACCAUAAUGGAUAAAUACGAGAACAAUAAUGAAAAGUGCCAGCAAAAUUCAAAUGAUACUGCAAUUGUAUUAUAUAAUAAGAAAGUAUCGUAG